AUAGAUAUUGAUAUUGGGUCCGGGCGCUACUUAUCCGUAUUCAUAAAGCCUGUCUCUGCGAUCGCCGUGGUGGACCAAACGAGCUAGAUAUCAUGCAUCGACACAACAGUUUCAAUACCAACGCAUCUCGCUCGCCCUCCCUUAGCCAACGUAAACUCGUGGCUGAAUUCCGUCCUUCAUCUCCACUCGUUGGGGGAUUGCCCGUCAGUACUACUGAGACUCAACAGACGGUGAUCACAAAGACUUCCUGGCUCGAUUCUGCUCGUGAAAACACCCACAACUUCAAAUUACAUGGCUCAUCUCCACUCGUUGGGGGAUCACCCGUCAGCACUACUGAGACUCAUCAUGCGAUCACAAAGACUUCCUGGCUCGAGGCUGCUCGUGAAAGCACCAACAACUUCAAAUUGCAUGGUUCACCCGUCCCUCUGGUUUGGGUUUUGAUUGAGGACAACGUCAUCCCGCCGAAUGCUGUUCCCUUUGGCGAAGACAAGAACGGUUUUCCACUGUACAUUGCUCGUGCCCUGCUCGAGGGUGGGCUCUAUCUCGGAAAGUCAGGUACUCACCUUCAGCAUGCUCUUAUUAGUUACGGCGGAAGGGAGCACCAAGUCACAAAGUAUGAAGUACUCGUGUGCGCUUCUCAACUUCGCUGGGGCUUGGCCACCUACGAAUCAGUAGGAUCUUUGAGUCAGGGCACAGUCGUACUUGCGCAACAAAAUCAGCAGCUGCUCCAGUCUCAACGCGGGUCGGCAGCAUGGACUGCUCAAGCUGGUGGUUUCUCCCAACAGAGAGGAAUGCCUGGUGGCUUCAUCGCACAACCUGGACUACCCGCUGGUUUCGUCCCACAAACUGGAUAUACCAAUGUCCGGGAGGCGACCGGUACCCAAGAGACUAGAAGUAUCAACAACUCUCGCGAGACUUCGAGCCUCGUUGAAACUACGCUGUUUGUCGACGAUAUUCCAAGGUUCAUCCCCAAUCUUGCGGAAAUGGAGGAUGCACUCAAGCUGAAGAAGCUUGCCGACUACAAAACCGUGGUUCUGAUUGAUGAUUCCAUUUCUAUGGCUGAAGAACAAUCUUGGACCCUUGUCCGUGAGGCUCUGGCGGGAAUCGCCGAUCUUGCGACUCAGUAUGGCUCCCAAGGAAUUGAUCUACACUUCUUGCACCACGAACGUUUCCAUCAAAACAUCAAGACGAGCCAAGAGAUUCAACACAUUUUCAAUCAAAUGGCCCCUAACGGUCCAGAAACGCCAACUGCUGCGAAACUAGAAGAGCUUAUUAACUUCUACCUCCCUCUCGUGGAACGCAAGUUCCCUCAGCACAGCCCUAUCGACAUUAUCGUCAUUACCGACGGUGUCGCAACCGAUCAGCAGACUCUCCCUGAGGUUAUCGUCAGCGCAGCCCACCGCCUGGAAAGAAGCCAAGUUCCAGAGGAAAUGUUUGGCAUCCAGUUUGUACAGAUUGGUACAGACGCAGAGGCUGCUUCCGCGUUGCGCGCUCUAGAUGACCACCUCGCGAAGCAGUACAAAAUCAGAGAUAUCGUGGACACCACACCUUACGAUCCUCAACAGGGCGCGUUCAAUACCGAUUACAUGCUGAAGAUCCUGCUCGGUGGUGUGAACAAGGUUCUUGACAAUGGAGGUCCUGUGCCGAGCGAAUUGCUUUCCCCGCUCGCAUACGGGUCGAGGUAAUCGGUCCGUCUUACUAUUAUAAUUACCGAAAUAUCCCAGUUGUAUGUUAGCGAAAGUCUGUUUUCCAUCAAGUCGUGUACAAUAAAUGUUUCGCAACUUGCGAUUACACAUAAAAG